AUGGUGAUGCUCUCACAGUUAGAGUACGCAAUCAUCGUGUUUGGAUGUGGACGUUUGAGCUCACAGGAUGCUCAGCUGUGCUGGGGAAGUGGGAUUGAGGGGAGGAAAAGGACUGUGUGUGUUCUAACAUUCGUUAUUUUUGUAGGUGCUGGAGAGAACCUGGAAAACACGAUGGCAGCCUUUCACCACGCUGUUAAUAUAGGAACAGACAUGUUGGAGCUAGAUUGUCACCUGACAAAAGAUGAGCAAGUGGUUGUGUCCCAUGAUGAGAACCUGAAGAGAUCAACAGGAGUUGAUGUCAACAUAUCCGACCUCAAAUACUCUGAACUUCCACCCUAUCUCUGCAAGUUGGAUGUCACAUUUCAGAAAGAAUGUCACUGUGAGGGAAAAGACAACCGUAUUCCACUCCUGAAAGAGGUGUUUGAGGCAUUUCCACAAACUCCUGUCAACAUUGACAUCAAAGUGAACAACAAUGUGUUGAUCAAAAAGGUGUCAGAGCUGGUGCGUGAAUAUAAGCGAGAGCAUUUGACGGUGUGGGGCAAUGUCAAUUAUGAGGUUGUAUCAAAGUGUCUUAAGGAGAAUGCUGACAUUCCCAUCAUCUUCUGUUCUCAACGUGUCCUCCUCCUUCUUGGCCUGUUCUACACUGGUCUGCUGCCAUUCAUUCCUUUCAAGGAAGAAUUCUUGGAAAUUCCCAUGCCUUCAAUCAUCCUCAAGCUGAAAGAACCAGAGAAGAUGACAAGAAGCCAGAAAUUUAUUAUCUGGCUAGCUGACACAUUGCUAAUGCGGAAAGCGCUUUUUGACCACCUCACUGCUCGGGGCAUUCAGGUGUACAUUUGGGUACUGAAUGAGGAACAGGAAUACAAGAGGGCAUUCGAUUUGGGAGCAACUGGAGUGAUGACAGACUAUCCAACAAAACUUAAGGAGUUUUUACACAAUUAUCCAGCGUAAAGGAAGAAAACUGAGGAAGUUCUUGCAGAACAGAUU